ACGUGGUCCGGGCCUGCGCUUCUGAUCUGCUCUUUGGGGUGCAGCACCUUGGGCGGCUUGCUCUGCCAUCGCGGUUCCCUGGAGCCGGCCUGUGUGCGUUCUCGCCUCUAGUCGCUCGUCGCUGCCAGCGCUCCGACCGUUGCUGGGCGUCCCAGGGCGCAGGCGGCGCUCUCCCGUUUACCAGCGAGGCCGAGCCCGUGGUAGCAUCCGGCAGGGAAAUGGUCGUGGUUUCGGUGCCCGCCGAAGUUACAGUUAUCCUGUUAGAUAUCGAAGGUACCACAACCCCGAUUGCUUUCGUGAAGGACACCUUAUUUCCGUACAUCAAAGAGAAUGUGAAGGAGUACCUGCAGACACACUGGGACGAGGAGGAGUGUCAGCAGGAUGUCAGCCUGCUGAGGAAACAGGCUGAGGAAGAUGCGCACCUGGAUGGCGCUGUCCCGAUCCCCAUGGCGUCUGGAAAUGCAGUGGAUGACCUCCAGCGGAUGAUCCAGGCCGUGGUGGACAACGUGUACUGGCAGAUGUCUCAUGACCGGAAGACCACGGCGCUCAAACAGCUGCAGGGCCACAUGUGGAAGGCGGCUUUCGCAGCUGGCCGCAUGAAGGCAGAGUUCUUCGCAGAUGUGGUCCCAGCAGUCAGAAGGUGGAGAGAGGCUGGAAUGAAGGUGUAUAUCUAUUCUUCAGGGAGUGUGGAGGCUCAGAAGCUGCUCUUUGGGCAUUCCACAGAAGGAGAUAUCCUUGAGCUUAUUGACGGCCACUUUGAUACCAAGAUUGGACACAAAGUGGAGAGCGAGAGUUACCGGAAGAUUGCAGAUAGCAUCGGGUGUUUAACCAGCAACAUCUUGUUUCUCACAGACGUGACUUUAGAGGCCAGUGCUGCUGAAGAGGCAGAUGUGCAUGUUGCUGUGGUGGUGAGACCCGGCAACGCGGGACUAACAGACGAUGAGAAAACCUACUACAACCUCAUCACGUCCUUCAGUGAGCUCUACCUGCCGUCAACAUAGAGCAGGUUCUGAGGAAGGCUAAACUGUCCCCCUGAUGUCUGUCUACCUUUAUUCUAAUUGUAAAAGUAACUUACUGUGUGUACACACAGACAUAUGCAAGUGGAUAUACAUGUCUGUGUGCUCAGAUUAAUUUCCAUGGCACAUGUGUGAGCAAAGUAGUCAGUUCUGUGAGAACCAAAUUCAUGUAAAGAUACUUUAUGUGUGAACCAUAACUCUAAGUUUAACCAAGGCCAGAGUGUAUUUGACAGAAGAAACUGCAAAUCAAAUGUGUGAUAUUUAUCAAAUUGUUUAUUGAAAUGGAAAGCUAGUUUUGAGAAAUUAUUAUCCAGAGACCUUGUUAUUUUAAAAACUGGAAGUGCUUCAUAGGCAUUCGUAAGAGGAACCCCCGACUCUGCCUUGUGAACUCGAGUCACACUGUUGCACUCAGACUCGCUUCCCGUGUGCACGAGACAGAGCCGUUGGUUUCUGCCCGGACUCGCUUCCUGUGUGCACCAGACAGAGCCGUUGGUUUCUGCCCGGACUCGCUUCCUGUGUGCACCAGACAGAGCCGUUGGUUUCUGCCCGGACUCGCUUCCCGUGUGCACCAGACAGAGCCGUUGGUUUCUGUCCGGACUCGCUUCCCGUGUGUACCAGACAGAGCCGUUGGCUUCUGCUCAGAGGAGGGGAAUUGUUUUGGUCAGUCAGGUGUCAGGUGGUGCUGGGCAGCAUGUCCGCCUCUGGAGCAGUGUUCGUGGAGCAGCUGAGGAGCGGGGGCUCCACUACCCCUGCCAGUCUUAGCACCGUUUUAUAGUUGCCUUCUUAUGUCUUAGCAUAGUUUGAGAAUAUAUGUUAAUGACUAUUUUAAAAAAUGUUUUAUUGAAACCAUGAAGAACUCUAACGUGUAAUAUUUCCUCUGAAAUGGAUGUGCAGAUGUACAUUUUAUGACAGCAUUGUUUAUCCCAAUGCUCUCCUGACAGGAUUUCAUGUCCGUGUCCUGGAAUUAAUUAAUAAAGGCAUUUAACUUUUUCAGUUUCA